AUGCUCUCUUCCUUUUCAUUUUCGUUGAGUCACCAGGAAGUGCUGAAAUAUCAGAUUGUGUACAAUUUCGGAAAUGCGCAGAUACUUAUUGUGCUGUUGAUCGCUGCAGACCGAUACUGCUCCCUGUUUCUCAACUACAGUCCAAACUACAAAUCAACGUUCGCAGCCCUUACACUUGUAUUUUUGCCCUAUCUAGUAUGUGGCUUAUUUUUUGAUGUUCGGAUUCUGCAGCUUGUUGUUCCUGCCCCCGUAUCCAUUGCUAUUUGGUAA